AGAAUAAAUAGAAAUUGUUGUUUAGGAAUUUGAAAAAGGCAAAGGGCGCACUUCUCUGCGUCUGCAUCCUACCUUGAGGUAAAAAAUAUAAGUUGUAAGAAGAAAGGAACAUGGGUAAUUGUGAAAGCUGCUUCCAGGGUGUUGAGACGGCCCUCAACUCUGGAGGAAGCGGUCCGCGUGGAAGUGUGACGUCUUCAAGUUUGCCGAGAUGUGUGAGGACCUUAGACCCUAGACCUGAACCGUUCGCACCCGUAAGUGGCAUGGGGAUUUUGUUAUGGCGUCUGGUAGUGUUAUACUUACACUGACUUAGACCUACUAGACCGUGUUCUUUUACUAUGUAUAUGUAAGUUCUGGCGAUUUAUGAGACUGGCGUUUUUUUGACAAGAAUCUGGUAUUAAUUUUUUGACAAGAAUGAAGUACCGAAAUGUCCCAGCACAACGAACAUCAUCAUAGUAGGAUCAUCGUGCUGUUACGCUGAAAUGAAUUAACAUCUGCUCUUUUAUACCCCUUGACUGGGUACACUACUACUACUGCUACUCCUACUACUAAGUUGUUCCAACUCGUCCUCCAUUCUCCACCUUUCUAACUCCGACCACCUCCUUCGGUGGCCUGCCACCUCCAGCAUCGGUUCCAGAGGUCCUAGCAUCAGGAAAAACUACUUCAACGGCGCCUCUGAACGAAUUCUCUUCCGCAAAAGGUCGCAGACGCGCAGUGCUGAUAGGAAUAAACUACUUUACGAACAAUACUAUGCAUUCACUUUGAAUGAUCUAUGUAUAGGAAUAUUUCUUUACUGUCGAGCACUUUUGAAUAGAGUCAGUAAAAUGAAGCUGAGUUGUCUUAGAAGUCACUAAGUUCUGGUGAUAGUGAGCACCAUCGUGAUGAAGACUCCUGCGCUGACUUCAGAUCUUGUGAUUUUCAACAUUAUCCUUCUCUAGAAAGAACGUCCGACGAGAACGAUUUGCUAGAAAUGACUACCCUACGUUGUAGCAGAUCUCAACAUUAUCCUUCUCUAGAAAGAACGUUCGACGAGAACGGCAGUUCAUCUAACUCCUACGGAACCCAAGCUGAACUUGCGGGAUGCGUCAACGACGUGCGAAAUGUGGAGCGGUUACUGAAAGACACUUUCGGUUGGACGCCUGGCGCUUUGGGAGAGUCCUCUCGAGACGAGAUCUAUAGUUAUGAAUUCUAGACAACUUCAUGAGAAGUCUAAACAACACUUUAAAAGCCCAUACUUUAAAAGUAGGAAGUCACGAGUACAACACGUACUAAUGUAGUAUAGGAGAUAGAAGUACUGGCUUAUAGGCUUUAAUUCAAGGAACCACUACAGUUACAAGGUCCAAAAUUCAAGAAAGAGAAGGUCAUUUUUAGGCUGGGAGUAGGGCAAAUUUGCCAAUGCUACCACAGUAGCCUGAUGCAGACCACUCUACUGAGCAACUCCUCAUACCGAAAAUAGAAGCCCCAAUGUGAGGAGGGGAGUAUCGCAAAUUUUUCUUUUUUGCAUAUUUCAGCAAAUUUUACCAUGUAAGAGAGACUGAACUUUUCUCAUUUGCGAACAUUUCAACGGAUGAAAAACUUUCAAAGUCCGGAUGGAUCUAAUCUAAGCUUGUCGAUGACCCCUAUAUGCGAACGACGAAACCCACGAAGGACAACAUCCUAGACGCACUACGAUGGCUGGUGGAGGGAGCCGUGGCAGGAGAUGCUCUGUUUCUGCUGUAUUCUGGACAUGGGGCGCAAGAGGUAGUUGUACUAUUAUUUAGUAUUUAGUACUUAGUGCGGAUAUGAGGAUUCUAUGAUAAUUACGUCUAGCUUGACGCUUACUCACUCUAAACCUAAAGGCCGACCCCAACGGUCUUGAGGAAGAUGGGAUGAAUGAUACGAUUUUGCCGUGUGAUUUUGAACGCGCGGGCAUGAUCUCUGACGAUGUUUUGACCGAAGUUUGCAUUAGGCCAUUGGCUGAAGGAGUUUCCUUUACGGCGAUUAUCGAUGCUUGUCAUAGUUAAGGCUAGGAUUGAUGAUCGUAAUCCAUUGGAAGAAAAGUAGACCACUAGCCCUGUAGUGCAUGAAGUCUAGACGUAAUCCAUAUCUAUCUUGUUCCAUCUACUGCUCUUCUAUGAACAAGAUUCCUUUCUACUUGUUUAGCAUAAAAAGUAUUUCUGUAAGAAAGGAGAAACUAGAAGGAUAGCGAUACAACUGCUCUACGCACAGAGUAAAUAGCUAUAGAGGAGGAUGAGUUAUGGAAAUAACAAGGCUAAGAUACCGGUACAGCGUUAGAUCUGCCUUGGACGUGGCAGGGAGACAAGCAACUGUGGCGAGAGGAUUGGAAUCCGUUCUUUACUCGCGGAGAUUGCGUCAUGUUUAGCGGUUGUCAGGAUGAUCAGACGAGUUCGGAUGGUGGGCAUGAUCUUUACUUAUGGUGAGGAGAGGGAGCUAGAGAUCUGCUGUGCAGGAGUAAAGACACUGGAAGUACUUAGCGUGUAGCCGAGGAGAAGCUACCGAUGUAAAAACUACGUGCUCGAAAAUCACCUCGUCGAGGAAUCCGGGGCUUGAACACCUGCGUCGUUAUCCUGUUUGUCAAGUUUAGACUUAUUUGUACUCGUCUCUGUCCUGUAAUAAGGAUUCUGUUCAUCUCGUGCAAAAUAAGAUUCUUGACUAUCUAAGGCUCAAAAGCUUACUUGUAAAACAACUUUGUAUCACUAUCACGACUCUAAUACUUGGUCGUCGAGGGGGUGCGCUCACAACAGCGUUCUGUGCGGUGUUCAGCAAUGUGCAGUAUAGUGGUACGAACACACCAGCAGCGGUCUUCACAGGUGCGGCGGAGGGAACAAUUUAUGACCUGUACUUGGAGUUCUUGCAUUGGAGUUAGUGGGUUGGAUAAUAAAGCCGAUAUACGAAUGAAUAUUAUACAUAGGUGUAGUCAUUCGCAUUCCACAUCCACCUUAUGAUCAAAAUCAAAUACUCGCAUACUCUCUCCUCGAUCGAUAAUCCACCAUGUUUCAUCUCCCCAACCCCAACUCGAUUCCGAGCAGCACGCCGGGUCUCUCUGCGCCGCUGAUUACCUACGAUGCUCUGCUGCACAAGCUGCUCGACGCUAUGCGAGCAAAUGGCUUCUCACAGACACCCCAGAUGUCAUCAUCACAGGCUUUUGAUCAGAAAAAGCGGCUUUUUGCACCAGUACUAUGUGGACAAAGCAAGCAAGAAGUUGAGGACGCACUGUCACCGAGUGCUGUUAUGAUGAGAAUAGUGAUGUGUCUUUAUUAGUGGGCAGUCCGGGUGGUAGUUUACAGGUUUCUAGUGUUGCUUGCAUUGCUUGAAACCAAUGGAUAUUCGAAUUUUUCAUUCAAGUACGUCAAUCUGAAAAUCCUUUUUUUUUCUCAAGAUUCUUUUAUUGGCUAGAGGCUUCUUUUAAAAAAUCAAAAAUAUCUUGAAAUACAUACAUUUUUGAAUUUGAACGAUUUUUCCAAGUUUCUAAUUCUUCGAGGAAAAACAAUCGUGAGCGCCUUAGUCCGCUCAGCCAAGCUGCAUUCAGUGCGGAUCCAUCGACGUUCAUGAUUGUACCUGGCAAGAACAGCGCCCAUGAUGUUAUGAAUGGACUUUUCGCUUUCUUUUCAGCAUGCUGAUAGACGUUUCAUUCUAAUAAAUAAGAACUCCAUUGAUUCGGGACUGAGUUUACCAGUGCUGCUACACGAAGUCGUCCUACUUUUAUGCAAGUAGGUGUUGUAUCUUCUCACGCUAAAAAUGGUAACAACAGCGAGGCAGAAUCCACUUGCAGUGCUGGCGCUAGUAGUACCCAGCUACCGCGUUCCUUGGAGCCGCUUGGACCCGGCGGCAUGCGGUGCAUAGAGGAGGACCAGGAACUACAAUUCGGCUAAUUGGAAGUCCAUUGGAAUCGAUGCUGAUGGAUUUGGGUACUAGCGCAUGGAUUUUUCUGGAGAUAUUGAUGGAUUGUUUUAGAUAAGUAUUUAAAAAGUUGGUUUAUUUAAGUUUCUAUCUUCCUCUGGUCUUUCUUUUUUUCUAGUUAGGUCGGCUCCACCACAAUUAUCAGGCUGAGAACGUGUUGCUAAUCUACUUACUACAACUACAACGAAGUUGUACAACAAGUCUAUGAUCAUCAUUUUCCCAUGAUUCCCUUUCCUUUUUUCCAGGUAUGCUUUUCCUUGAAGACGCUAUUGCGGAAGAGGUAGGCGAUGGUCUCAUCGACGCAGGCAAGGACGUCUUUGAUGGUGCAGGGGAUCUCUUAGGGGGCGCUGGAGACCUACUGGGUGGCCUUUUUGGCGGGGGUGAGGACCUUGUGGAUGAUAUAGCGGAUGAUGUUUUCUGAGUGUAAGUGUAAGACGAUGUGGGAUCUUUUUUGAGUAUAAGUACUGUGCGUGGGUGUUAAGGUUAACAGUAGCACAAAGUAGAUAGUGUCCUUUUCUGUGGUUGUCGGUUUAUUUGGUGAACCGGUACCCCAUUGCGAAUAAACCACUUCACACGAGAACCAUAGAGCGGAGCACUCACUGGAGACGUUGCGCACGGCUUCGGCCUGCCUUCGAAGGUGAGACCUCUGGGGCUGACUACAGGACCACGACAGCGCCGGCGCUUAGUUAUUAGCCGACAGCUUGGCGGAUCAUACGCAAGACAGAUAGAGACUUGCUUGUUGUUGUAAGUAUCUUUCUGUCUUGCGACAUGCUACAGGAGUUGGAGUAGCUUUUUUCUAAUAAAUAUGGAAGUUUCGUUUCUCCAGUAGAUGGUGGACAGUGUUGCUUGAGCUUAUCUGCGGGCUCAAUCGUAGCAAGUAGAAGAAGCUCUUUAUGACUAGUAGUAAAUGGAACUGCUGAUUUUCUAGUCAAAUUUUUUAGAGAGAAACUACUUACCCACUUGCAUGAGCUGAUGAAAGUAACAACUCAUGGAGGCCCACGGACCAGUAUCUUAUGGACCUGUCUUCAUGUUGAGUUCAUGUUGAGGUGCACGAUUCUUGGUUUAGUAGUAUUGAGUAACGGAAUCAAAAAUUAAAAUAUGCACUUCAGACACGCGCUAAGUUGCGGUAAGCAAGUCCUUACAACUAGAUAACUGAUUCUAUAUUUGUACUAUGACGAUGCAACGUGGUCAUCAUGUAGAUCUUCUUGCAGGAGUAGUAUCCGUGUACCCCUCAGGGGGACACCAGUGUGAGUAAGAGUUGGACGCCUGCAUAAGAUGAGUCGUUUCGUAACUAUCAUGAAGAUGCAGCGUCAGUUUCCAAGUGAGGAAAAUCUUUUGUGUGUAGUCAUGUAUUUCUCGUAAAUGAUUUUUUGGCACCAGUAUGCUUACGGUUACGGCGACAAGAACAAAUAGACAGAUGAAGAAUCAGAUGAAACCCAUUUGUAAACGGUGAAAUGUUCUUACCUGCUACAACCUAGAAGGACAACGGGGCUGCAUUAGAAAGUAGAUGUAUAAGUACAACAACUCCUGCUGUCUAGAGAAAGUUGUAGCAGGUCGUGACUGAAGCUGCUGCGUAGCCGCAACGGCGACUAAAAAG